AACAGCGCGCACGUGCUACAGACUCUUCCUGUUACUUCCCGGACGUGCAGAAGAGCACGAGCUCGGAUUUUGCAAAAGAAAACAAAACAAGUCCAAACAAAACAAAGCAGACUUCUGAUUCACUCCACUGACCGGAAGUUGGUUCAGUGCGCUGUUUUUGACAUUCAGCGUGCCACUGAGUCCCUUUAUACCCGAGCUCAGCGCGCGGAAAUAAUGCGUUUCUCCGCUCCGCCAUUCCGCCCCUUGUGUUUACACUUUAAUGUGCAUUAAUAAAGCGGAUUGUUGGCUUUGUGCUGUGCGGCUCCUGCAGUGAUGAUUUUAGAGAGUUUAUCCCGGGCGAACUUCGCUCUGCGCUCCAGAGUCCCGGUAAGACGUGUGCAUCAUUCGUCUGAUCUUCCUCCUCCUCAGCCAGUUCCUUUGUUAGCUCAGACUCUUCAGCGCUACUUGCUGGCCUUGGAGCCGCUCUUACCCCCGGACGAGCUGCAGCACACGCGUAAGACGGUGCAGCGAUUCGGCAGCGCAGGGGGCCUCGGAGAGAGACUGCAGAGAGGCCUGGAGAAACGCGCCAAACACACACACAACUGGAUAUCAGAUUGGUGGGUUCAGUGGGCAUACCUAGAGAGUCGUCAGCCCCUGGCUGUUCACUCCAGCCCGGCCAUCUCACUGCCCCGACGUGACUUCAGUGACUGGAGAGGACAGCUACUGUUUGCAGCGAAGCUCAUCUCCGCAGUGCUCGACUUCAAGAAUAAAGUAGACAGUGGGCGGUUACCUGUAGAGUAUAUGCGUGGCAGGCCGUUGUGUAUGGAGCUGUUUCCUCGACUCUUCUCAUCAUGUCGUAUUCCUGGGCCGAAGCACGAUAAUAUGAUUCACUAUGGCCGCCAACGCCGUGGCCCCGCCCACAUCACUGUGGUGCGAAACUACCAGUUUUUCCAGCUGGACGUGUACAAUAGUGAUGGCACCCCCCUCACUCAGAGUCAGAUUCACUCUCAGCUCUGCCGGAUCCGAGCUCAGUCCUGGAAAACCGAUAAAGAGCCGAUGGGCAUCCUGACCAGUGACCACAGACACACGUGGGGCCAGGCUUACACACGCCUCCUGCAGGAUAAGAUCAAUAAGGAGUCAGUGAGGCUGAUAGAGAAAGGUCUGUUCACACUGUGUCUCGACUCGCCUGUCAUGACCAUCUGUGAUGAGAAGUACUCAAGCAGAAUGGCAGCUCAGAUCCUUCAUGGAGGUGGGACUUACUCCAACAGUGGGAACCGCUGGUUUGAUAAGACCUUACAGUUUGUGGUCAGUGAGGAUGGAUCGUGGGGUCUCCUGUAUGAACAAGCCACCGCUGAAGGGCUUCCAAUAGCCACCUUGCUGGACCACAUCCUGCAGUAUUGUAAGAAGCCUGAGACGGUCCGAACUCCUCUUGUUCCUCUGCCGAUGCCAAAGAAGCUUUACUUCUACAUCGACCGCGCCAUCAAGUGGGACCUGGAGAUGGCCAAGCAGAACCUCAACAUCCUCAUCAAUGAUCUGGACAUCAGCUGCUUUAACUUCCAGCACUUUGGGAAGGAGUUUCCCAAACAGCUGCAUUUAAGCCCCAACUCCUUCAUUCAGCUGGCCAUCCAACUCGCGUACUACAGAGUGCAUGGGGAGGUGUGUGCCGCCUGCGACAUCGCAUCACUCCGAAUGUUCCGGGGAGGACGCACCGACUACAUCCGCUCCCCGACCAAUCAGACACUGAAAUUUGUCCAAGCCUUUGAUGACCCCGCCCUCUCUAGGGAGGUGAAAGUGGAGCUGUUGCGUGAAGCUGUGGAGGCUUACAGUCAGCUGACAGAUCAGGCGCUGAAAGGCCAGUCUAUUGAUCACCACCUGCUGGGUCUAAAGCUGCAGGCCAUCGAGGAGGGACUGAGCGUGCCCAGAAUGUUCAUGGACACGGCGUAUGGACUCGCCACGCACUGGAAACUCCGCACCGGACAGGUUCCCACUAACACGGACAGCGUGAUGUGUUUCGGGCCUCUGGUUCCAGAUGGUUACGCCGUGUGUUACAACCCUCAGCCAGAUCAUGUUCACUUCUCCAUCACCGCCUUCAACUGUUGCGAGGAGACCAACGCUGAGAAACUAGCCGUGACGAUCGAGAGCGCCCUCCAUGACUUACACAAGUUACUGCAGCCAGCUGCGUAAACACAUGAGCUGUAAAACCUUCUCUGUAUGCUCCAUACCAAAUAACAUCAACAGACCAGUCAGUCGUAAUAAAGGGACAUUGGUAAUUGGUAAGAAAUGAUUUUAAUUUGGUGUCGGCUUCAGGGGGCGUGUCCUACAGUUUGAAUACAUUAGAAUUCUGAUGAUGAUAUACUUAAAACAUGAUUUAUUAUUAUUUUUUGUUAAACUGCUUAUCUCCAAAUAGUAUUAAGGUGAAUGUAUCUUUUGAGGUUCUUGUGUAGCUAGCAUUAAUGUGUGACUAACUACAUUAGCCUGACACUAAACAUGCCUCGGUGGGUGAUUUGGCGUAUUUGACGAGCAUAUGCAUUUAAGACCAUGAACAUGUCUCAUCUGAUAUGAAUAAAUUCCCCAGAUGAUGAUUUCAGGUUAAAAUUCCCAACUGGAAUUUGAAAACAAAGCGUAAGUAAAACUUGCUCUCUUUUUUUUUCACUGUUCUCUCUCCCCCACUCAACAAAACGAUGACUUUGCUGUCUGAAGUGUUUAAACACACUGUUUAUAAAGGAUCAUUGUAAACUCUGUCAUUGGCUUGGGUUUGAAAUGUGGCAUUAAUCAUCCUGAACAGCAUAUUUUAUUCGAAAUGGUGGUACAUGAAUGCCUUAAUCCACUAUUUACUUGGCAGAUUGUACAUUUGACAGCAUCAUGGUGAUGGCAAAGCAUUAUGAGUAUUAUGGCUGAGAAAUGCGUGUUUAAUUCCACUUUUAAGCAAAUAAUAUGCAUCAAAUAUCUGCUUUCAUCUGAAAGUCUCAGCUUGUGUGUGGGAUUGUGCUCAGCAAAUAUUUGUACUUGAUAUAUAAGGGUUAUGUUUAUACUCAUUUUGGGGGGAAAAAAAGUACUUGUGUAUUUUGCCAGUUUUUUAAUCUAGUGUAUUUUUAUAUAGUGUGGUAUUUACCCAAGUCAAAAGAGAAAGAAAGUUUGAUAAAUCCCUUUUUGCUAAUCUGUACCACUUAUCCAUUAUGGUCAUGGGAGAAUUGGAGCCAAUCCCAACUGACUUUGUGUGAGAGGCGGGGGUCUAUCACAGGACUACACAGAAACAACCAACCAUCACACUCGCAUUCACACCUAUGGGGGAUUUAGAGUAGCCAGUUGACCUUCAAUACAUGUCUUUGGAUUGUAGGAAGAAACCCAUGCAGGUGCAGAGUGAACAUGCAAACUCUACACAGAAAAACCCCAGUCAGCUGUGAGGUUUGAACCCAGUAUCUUCUCACUACUUGCAAAGCACUGCACCACUAUGCUGCCCAAAAUACUUUGUCCAGCCUAGCUUUGCCAGUAAAACAGCACUGAGUCUCUCCGAUAACAUUCAUCCAGAGCAGGGCAUCUGAGCCCAUUUCUCCAUCCACAAUCUCUCCAGAUCAUCCAGGGUUCUCGGCCCUCUUUUGUGCUCUCUCCUCUUCAGUUCACCCCUCACUGGGAUUUUCACUGGAGUUCAGCUCAGGGGACUGAAAUGGCCAUGGCAGAAGCUCGAUUCUGUGCUCAGCAAACCAUUUUUGUGUUGAUUUGGACAUGGGCUUUGGAUCAUUGUCCUGCUGGAAGAUCCAAUGAUAACCCAGUUUUAGUUUCCUCUCAGAGGAGCCAGAUUCUGAUUUAAAAUGUCCUGGUGUUUCAUGGAGUCCAUGAUGCCGUGGACCGUAACAAGGUUUCAGGGGCUUUGGAGGAAAAACAGCCCCAAAAUAUCACAGAUCUUUCACCAUAUUUUUUUUUCUGGCCGACCUUCCAAAUAAUCUGUUGACAUGGAGGUGGAGUCUGAUGGUGAUUUUGGAGACUUGGAAACCUUAAGAUUUAACUUUUUCUUGUAAUUCACCAACAGUGAUCCUUGGGAAAUUUUUGCCUCUUUUACUCUCUUCCUCACUGUACAUGGGGGUAAAAUAAACUUGGUUCCUUUUCCAGGUGAGUUUGUAACAGUUCCUGUUGGUGUCCACUUUUUUAUUAUUGCCCUAACAGAACAUAGGAAAUAGACAUUUUCAGGCGAUGAGCUAUUUUUUUUUUUAUCACCAUUCCCUGACUUGUGAAGGUCAACACACUUCUCGCUCAUUUGGUUUGUGUCUCUCUUAUCUUUCCCAUGUUGAUGUUGAGGGAAUUUGGCUUCUAUGUCACCUCAUAUUUGUUCUCCAGUUAAUCAGGAAGUCAUGGAUUACAGCUUGAAAGUUCCAACACACUCCAAUCAACUCAAACAUGCUGUACAAUUUAAAUGGAAACAUGCUUCAGUUACACUGUGUUCACUAUCAUUUCCAGGGGUGCCAAUAAUAGUGGCACGUGUGUUUUUGUUGAAGAUAAUAUUUUUGAUGAGGGAUUUGUUUUUCUCUGAAUAAAUUUACUUCAAUUAAA